CCUUUUUAAGUGUUUAUAUGUGAUGGUUAUAUAUUGUAAUGUCAGUUUUUUUUCCGGUAUCCUGCAGCCAUACUUCCAACACAAGAUUCAGGUAAAUUAUGCAGCUAGUAACUGACGUAUUCUGCAGCAGAGAGAGGUAUUGAUUGUUUUUUUAUUUUUUUAAUAUACAUUUAUAUAAACUUGUAGUCUUCAGUUCCAACCUCAGCUUACAUGUUAAAAGUCUGCCCACUUGUUUGCUCCUGUAUAGACCAGCCUGAUGCACCAGAUGGAGGCACCAGAAUCCCUCUUGCUGCUCUUGAACGCAGCAUCUUUUGGCUACAGGAAAGAUUUCCAUGACUCAGCGUGGCAUGCAGAGGAGCAGCAGCAGUAACCAGGCCGGCCAUAUGAUCUGUUCCAGCUCUGCAGCAGCGACCGGGACUCAGAGAUGAUCCUGCAACAGAUGGCAGCGUGAGAAGACAACGAAUGGCUUCCACAGGCGGUGUCCUCCGUAUUCAGGGGGAUGAUAACCUCCAGUCCAUGCUGGUGGGGACGGUGAUGAGGAAAAUCAAGUCUCGAACCUGGAAGAAGCAGCGAUAUUUCAAGUUGCAGGAAGACUGCAUGACCAUCUGGUACAAGUCCAAGAAGGCUGGCAACACACACUCCACAUUUUCUGUGGGCGAUGUGGAGGCCAUACGAGAAGGCCACCAGAGCGAGGUGCUCCUCAGCAUCGCAGAUGAGUUCCCAGCUGACCGAUGCUUCACGCUGGUCUUCCGAGGUCGCAGAGGCAACCUGGACCUGGUGGCUGAGUCUGCUGAGGAAGCACAGUCCUGGAUCAAGGGCAUGAAGAAGCUGAUUGAGAAUCUGGAGAACAUGGGGGAGAGGGAGAAGCUGGACCAAUGGAUCGGUGACUGGUUCAAGAAGGCCGACAAGAACAAUGAUGGCAGGAUGAACUUCAAGGAAGUGCAAGAUCUGCUGAAGAUGAUGAAUGUGGACAUGAACGAACACCACGCUCAUCGUCUUUUCACCAUGGCUGAUAAGUCCCAGUCGGGCAGCCUGGAGGACGAUGAGUUUGUGCUGUUCUACAAAAUGUUGACCCAGCGAGAAGACGUCCUGAGGGUUUUCCAGGUGUACACAGCUGAUGGUCAGAAGCUUUCACAGAGCGACUUGGAGGACUUCCUGAGAGAGGAGCAGCUGGAGGGAGGUGAUAUCCAAAAACAUGCCAAGCAGCUCAUUGAACGCUACGAACCCUCAGACACAGCCAAGGUGCUGAACGCCAUGACAUUUGACGGCUUCUUGAUGUACCUCGGCUCCGCUGAAGGCUCCAUCUUCAACCCACAGCGGAGGGGCGUCUUCCAGGACAUGGGCCAGCCGCUGAGCCAUUACUUCAUCUCCUCGUCCCACAACACCUACCUGAUGGAAGACCAGCUCCGGGGACAGAGCAGCGUGGAGGGAUACAUCAGGGCUUUGAAUCGCGGCUGCCGAUGUGUGGAAGUUGACUGCUGGGAUGGUGCCAACGGAGAGCCCAUCGUCUAUCAUGGACACACUUUAACCUCCAAGAUACUCUUCAAGGAUGUGGUCACUGCAGUGGGCAACUACGCUUUUAAGGUAUCGGAAUAUCCAGUCAUCCUGUCCAUCGAGAACCACUGCAGUGUGGAGCAACAGAGAGUCAUGGCCCAACACCUCAACCACAUCCUCGGUGACAAGCUGCUGAAAAGCACAUUGGACGGCAAGGCCCCCAUCGGGCUGCCGUCUCCUGAGGAUCUUAAGGGGAAGAUUCUCGUGAAGGCGAAGAAAAUUGGAGGUCUCGAGGAGACCUUCAAUGGGAUGGUGGAAGACUCUCUAACCGGGGAGGUCAGCGAUGAAGACGAGGCGGCAGAAAUAGACGAAAAUAACCUUCACCGUGAGAGUGUCCGUCGCAGGCUGAAGAAGUCAAAACAACGUCUGUCCAAAGAGCUCUCCGACUGUGUUGUUUACUGCAAAAGUGUCCACUUCAGUAGCUUCAAACACUCUCGCAUCCACUCCAAGUUCUAUGAGGUGGUGUCUUUCACAGAGUCUAAAGCCCGAAAACACCUGAGAGAGGCUGGGGCAGAGUUUGUGCACCAUAACUCGCGACAGCUGACCAGGGUUUAUCCCACUGGCUUCCGAACUGACUCCUCCAAUUUUAAUCCUCAGGAAAUGUGGAAUGCCGGGUGCCAAAUUGUUGCGUUGAACUUUCAGACAGCGGGGGACGGAAUGGAUCUGAACGACGGACUGUUCAGUCAGAACGGUCGCUGUGGUUAUGUCCUGAAGCCCGACUUCAUGAAGGAAGCUGAGAAGAGGUUUGACCCUGAGACGCCUCAGCAACGGGACCACUACCAACCCAUCAUCCUCACCAUACAGGUGAUCAGCGGCCAGCAGCUGCCCAAAGUCAACAUCAAAGAAGGUUCUAUCGUGGAUCCUCUGGUCCGAGUGGAGAUCCACGGAGUUCCCAUGGAUCAGGCCAAGCAGGAGACCAGAUACAUCGAGAACAAUGGAUUCAACCCGGUGUGGUACGACACUCUGCGCUUCACCAUCCACACUCCUGAGCUGGCCAUGGUGCGCUUUGUGGUGGAGGACUACGAUAAAACCUCCAAGAACGACUUCGUGGGCCAGUAUACGCUGCCUCUCAGCUGCAUGCAGCAAGGUUAUCGUCACAUUCACCUUUUGUCCAAAGAUGGAACCAGUAUUCCUCCCUCGUCUUUAUUCGUUCACAUCAGGUUCACAGAACUGGAAUAAGAAGCACUUGAAAGAACAUUUUUAGCACCUCCUAUUCAGUAAUGAAAUUCUUCCUAACUCUAGAGAAUAUGUAUAGUUCCUGAGAUAGUGUUUAAUAUUAUUUGAUGUGAAUAAGUACUAUGCCAAAUGUUUAGAGGUUCUUAGGCAGCAGAGGUAUAUUAGAUCUGCAUAUUUUCUGUUUGUUUUGUUCAGUGUAGUGUGUGUAACCGUGACUGACUUGAACUUUGCUGCUCGUGUUUGAUGUAUGACGUGUUUCUUCGGAGAUGUCGUGCUGCAGAGGAGAACGUGCCACCAUGUGUUUGGAUCAGGAUGUACGGUAGAUUUUUCUGUCAGUAUUUUCUUUAACAAAGCGGCACUUCAGGCUUUUCACUUCGGUCCAACUGCAAAACUUCAAACGCUGCUGACAUUGCAGUUGGCACUCUAUAUGAAGAAUUUGUACAUUUGUGUCCAUAAAACUCUAUAAAAAGAUCAAAUUCAGUCAUACCUUUGGUGAUAGAAAAGAUUUUAAAUACAAAUUCCGAUUUCAUUUCAAACAAUAUUAUAUAGACUCUCCAAGCACUUUAUCAAUAAGUGCAGUCUAAUGCAAUCUAAUCCAACAGCUCUGCUAUAAAUCAGCAAUAGCUGAACUAUUUUUCAUGCACAUAUUAUUGCCCAUAUGGUGUUAAAUCAUGCAUUUUACAAUGUACAAUAAUCUGUCUUUUUAUAGAUUUUUUUGUUUUAUUUUACAGUUUUUUCAACAUUUUUAAAACUCACAAAAAUACAUAUAUACAUUUUUAAAAAUCUGACUGUAAAUGUAUGUCUAAUGUAAAAUAUUGCUGAAAAUCUGUGAAUGAAUUACAAUCAAAUUUCCAAAUUAAUUCCUUUCAGAAGAAACUUUUAAAUUAAAGUUAAACCAUUAAAGCGAAACAAAACAAAAAAAUACACAUGGUCUUGUGUAAAAUUUAGGCUGGAAAUUAAUUCAUAUCAAUAUUACUGUAUUUUUUAUUUUUUACAGUGUAUAUUUUCCCUUUCAUCUUUUUUCCUGUACCUUAGCGUCAGUCUAACUGCACUGAGUUGGACGGCGUGUAAUGAGUGGACACUUUUAUCUGAUAUCAGGCUGUAUCUAUCUAUAUUGUUGUUGAUAUUACCAGACAGAAAUGCAUUAAUUCUACUUUAUUUUUGCUAUUAAGAUAUAAUGAAAAGUGUUUCUAAUCUUUGGUCCACACCAGUAACACACAAAACAGUAGAAAUAGAAAGUAAAGACUUCAUUCAUAGCUGUUGUAUUGGUUUGCAUUAGAUUGCACAGAUGUUCCAGUUGUUCUCAACCAAGGCUGCAGUUUGAUUAUUAUGAUUUUAAACUUGAUUUUUCCCACAAUCCAGAGUGAAAUGCUGCUCUGUCUAAACCCACCCCAAGUGUUUGACCUGCUACUCGUUCUCUUUGGACUUAAGCCGAUUGGAGUCUUGCGUUCUUUUUUUUUUUAGUCAAUUCUGUAUCUGAGAUGGAGUUGCUCUAAUAUCUCCCAAUGUCUCCUCAAAGCUCGAUGUUUGAUCUUCUGAUGCUAAUGUCUUCACUGUUUAUCUGCCUUAUCGUUCUGUGGAUACAACUGAUCCAGGUUCUGCUCUGAGUGCCAUGCACUGCUCCUUUAGAAAUCUUCAUUCGAGCCACGAUUUGAAGCUGAGAAAGUCCGUUUUUGCUAAGAAAUUCAUUUCUUUCACUUAGUUCUGAUGCCAUCUUUCCUGCUACUAUUAACAUCGGCAAUCCCACGACUUUAAUGACUGAUUGCUGACAUAGAAAUUGGGCAGAAUUUUUUAAAUCCUCAAAUUUUCUUAUAUUUUCCAGACUUAAAAUAUGGCAGAUUUUCGUUGUGGUCAAAUAAAAACCUUCUAAUUUACUCUAUUUUCUGAUAUAUUCAGCAAACAGUUGAACAAUAAUGACUGCAGCAACUAGAAAAAUAUCUAAAUUAGUGAAUUAACUAAUUGAGGACAGUGGUGAUAACUUUUUUUAAAAUAAGUUUUUCAAAAUAUGUUUUAUAUGAUUUAAGAAAGGCUGUAUAGCAUUCAUUUCUGCACACAUUUUAUUUCCUUGGACAAACAAAGGAUAACUGUGCAGCUGAAUGGAGACACUGAAGUCUCAGAAAGUUAAAUCUACAUUUUCAGAGCUGAACUUGUCACAUUUAUUAUGUCUGAUCAAACUCCAUUUUUAAACCUGUUUGCGAUCUUGAUUAUAAAUUAUUAUUUGUACCAUAUAUAAUUUCCAUACUUUACUGAAAAUCCAGGUGUUUCUAACCAAGACCCAAUAUCUUGAUGAAUGAUUGUCACAGCCCUUAAAUUUUCAGGGAGUUUGUGCUACAUUUCAGCAGCAGUUUCUUUGUUUUACAUUUAUUUAUUCACAGAGAUUCUCAUCACAAAUGUGUUUUUUUAACUGUGGAGCAGCUAGAGGUUGAAGGUAAAGAUGCAUUAUGACGCCUUCCAGUGUUCCCAGUCAGAUCAAAGGUGAUUUGCUUGAAUUUCCUUCCUAUUCUUAAGCUAAAAGUCACUAUUUAGUGCUGAGUAGUCUUGUGUCAUCCCAUAUAUUUUUGUGCUACCCAUUUGUGUCAAUGUGUUUUCAUAUGUCUAUUUUUGUAUAACUAGACACAUUCAUAUGUACUGUACAGCAUAGUGCACUGUGUGUUUAAAUGAGUAUUUGCUUGUUUUUUAUUGUAGAUAAACCUCAUACUCAUUUGCCACAUUCAGCUGCAAAUAAACUUGAUUUUCACGUA